GCGUGAAACGGAAGGCACGGGUGCGUUCCAUUUAACGCUCGCAACGACCGCGAAGGCGCGAACAUCAUUCUAUCUUUAUUGUUCAGUGAGCAAUAAAGACAGCGUAGUCGCGUGACGCGUCGCAGACUCGCGGGAAUCGUUUUACGUUGUUGCAUCAGCAGGUGCAAUGUUCGCCUAUUUUUGGGUGUUUCGCGCUGCCGAAUGUGAUUUCCGUGGCGCGUGAGUCCUAACCGUAAAAUGGCCGAGUCCGAACAGAGGAGCAAGGACGGUAGCAAUACGGCGUCGUCAAAGGAAACAAUGGUCAAGCAGGAGAAGCGCGAGAGUACGUUGACGAAUGGCGGGAAGGGCUCCGGCGAUGACGCAGACAGCCUCGAGGAGUUACCGCUCGACAUAGGCGAGCAUUAUCUCGUUCGCAGAUCCGAUGACUCCUGGCAUCCUGCUGAGAUUAUCCAGACACGUUACAACGAGAAUGAGAAUCACUACGAAUACUAUGUCCACUAUGAGGGACACAACAGAAGAUUGGACGAGUGGGUACCUCGCGACAGAAUCAUGUCCAGCAGGUUUGACAUGAGCGAGAUAGAGCGGCACGACAGAAAUUCUGGGACUGAUCUGUUGGCAGAUUCCUCAGAUCGUAAAAUUACUAGAAACCAAAAGAGGCGCCAUGACGAGAUUAAUCACGUGCAGAAGACUUAUGCAGAAAUGGAUCCUACUACAGCUGCCCUGGAGAAGGAGCACGAAGCUAUAACAAAAGUCAAGUACAUAGACAGAAUACAGAUUGGCAAGUAUGAGAUCGAUACUUGGUAUUUUAGUCCAUAUCCCGAAGAAUAUGGCAAACAGCCGAAGCUUUGGAUCUGUGAGUAUUGCUUGAAGUACAUGCGUCUCGAGAAAACGUACAGGUAUCACAUGAGCGAAUGCACCCACCGUCAACCAGUUGGAAAGGAGAUCUAUCGGAAGGGAACACUGAGCAUCUGGGAAGUGGACGGCAGGGAACAUAAGAUUUACUGUCAGAAUCUAUGCUUGCUGGCUAAACUGUUUCUGGAUCACAAAACGCUGUACUUCGACGUAGAACCGUUUCUGUUUUACAUCUUGUGUGAGGUGGACAAGCACGGAGCACAUUUAGUUGGUUACUUUUCUAAGGAAAAGGAAUCGCCUGACGGCAAUAACGUCGCGUGUAUCUUGACUCUACCGCCUUUCCAAAGACAGGGCUACGGCAAACUGCUGAUAGCUUUUAGCUACGAAUUGAGCAGAAUUGAGCAAACUGUGGGAAGUCCGGAGAAACCUUUGAGCGACCUGGGGAAAUUAUCUUACCGCAGCUACUGGAGCUGGAUUCUGCUGGAAAUCCUUCGAGAUUUUAGGGGAACGCUUAGCAUCAAGGAUCUCAGUCAAAUGACCAGCAUCUCGCAAACUGACAUCAUAUCGACUCUACAAAGUAUGAACAUGGUGAAAUACUGGAAGGGACAGCACGUCAUCUGCGUCACGCCUAAAUUAGUGGAGGAACACAUAAAGAGCAGCCAGUACAAGAGGCCGCGUCUCACGGUCGACAGCAGUGCGCUAAGAUGGGGCGCACCGCCGCGGAAAAACGUGAAACUCGGCAAGAAGUAACAUCGAUGUGAACGAAUUCAUUUCACGUUAACACAGAGUACGAUAUUUAUAAGUAUUUGCUAGCCACUUCACGGUGCAUUCACAAACUUCGAGUGUUAGUGUUCAACUUUUCACUUCAUGUGCAUUUCUUAUAAUAAUCUGUUACUGGACAACUCACGCGAUAUACUUGGCACGACGAUCAUGUUGACGAGAGAAGAGGGAGAGUGUGGUUUGUAAUUUUUUGGCGAAUUUUUUGGUGUCGCAACGUGAUACUUUGGAAAGUAAAUAAUCUGCAAAAUGUUCAGUUUCUUCGAUACAAGGACACGGUUUUUAUUUAUAAAUACACACAAGUAUAUCUUACUCGUGAUAAUAGGCCUUCGCAGACGAUAUCAUAAUUGUAAAUGCAUUUUCGCGAACACGCAGUACCGCGCAGUAUUAGACCGUUUUAAGUAGAUCUCCCGAUUUUCGUAUGUAAAUUUGUUAAUAAAAAUUGUAUUUGCAGAGAGAGAGAGAGAGAGAGAAAUGGAAAGAUGAUAUUCUCAAUAAUAUUCUUUGCAAUGUAUAUGUAUAGUAGAAAAUAUGUAAUGUGUACUUAUAAAUAUAGUACAAUGGAAUUAAAAG